UUUAUUGUGUAUUUGAGUUCGCUCAUGCAUAUCACUUUGAUAGGACAAAUACCCUAAAAUUUACCCAAAGAAAAUAUGGGCCACCCUGGAGGGCUGCUAAGGUGCUCCAAUAAAAGGGACGACACUGAUCGACGCCUGUUUCUUACCGUCGUCGCCAUGUCGCACAAGCAUUUGCUGUGCCUCUUCCUCUUUCUCUCCCUCCGCCGAUCUGAACUUGCAGCCGCGAGCAGUGCUGGCAGGGAAGAGUUCGCUUUCAAUGGAUUCCUGGCGGCGAAUCUCACCGUGGACGGGACUGCGGCCAUCGUCUCCGGCGGUUUGCUUCAGUUGACCUGCAACACGAAGCAGGCGAGGGGCCACGCUUUCAUUCCUCGGCCAAUUCACUUCAGAGCCACCUCCAAUACCACAGUCUUCUCCUUCUCCACCACCUUCGUCUUCGGCACCACGCUCGAGGACCCCAACCUCGGCGGCCAUGGCCUCACCUUCUUAGUCUCCCGCACCAGGGACUUCGCCGGAGCCCUGGGGAGCCAGUACUUCGGCCUCUUCAACCAGAGCAACAAUGGAAAUUCCAGCAGCCAUGUCUUCGCCAUCGAGCUCGACACGCUCUUCAACCCUGAACUUGGAGAUAUCGAUAACAACCACGUCGGGAUCGACAUCAACAGUGUGAUAUCGAACAGCUCGAGCUCUGCCGGUUAUUUCUCCGACGGCACUGGUUCCUUCAACAGCAUGAGCCUCAUCGCUGACCGGGCCAUGCAAGUUUGGGUGGAAUAUGACGGCCGAGGCACGCGGCUGAACGUCACCAUGGCUCCGACUCCGAUGUCGAAGCCAAGUACACCUCUCUUGUCGACGGCGGUGGAUCUGGCAACGGUGUUCUUGGAUGCUAUGUACGUCGGGUUCUCCGCCUCCACUGGAUCUUUCCGAACGUCGCACUAUAUUCUCGGCUGGAGUUUCAAACUCGACGGCGCAGCUGAAGCUCUGGACUAUUCCCUGCUGCCGUCCAUCCCUCGCACCAGAGGCCAUGGCCGGUCGAGAUUUUUGGAAAUCGGACUGCCCUUAAUUUCGGCAGCGCUCGUUCUAAUAGCCGCCGGCGCCGUCGUGUUCGCCGUGAGGCGAAGGAACAAGUACGCGGAGCUACAGGAGGACUGGGAGAAGGAGUUCGACCCGCAUCGGUUUUCCUACAAGGAUUUGUUCCAUGCCACCCAUGGUUUCAGGGAGAAGGAUCUGCUUGGCGCUGGCGGAUUCGGAAGGGUCUACAAAGGCUUGCUGCCGAAGUCGAAGCUGGAGAUCGCCGUCAAAAGAGUGUCCCAUGAAUCGAGGCAGGGGAUGAAGGAAUUCAUAGCAGAGGUCGUCAGCAUGGGCCGCCUCCGCCACCGGAACCUCGUCCAGUUGCUCGGCUACUGCCGGCGCAAGGGGGAGCUGCUCUUGGUCUACGACUACAUGCCCAACGGCAGCCUCGACAAGUUCCUUCACGACAAAACCCGGCCUGCUCUCCCAUGGCCGGAGCGAUUUCAGAUAAUCAAAGGCGUCGCGUCGGGGCUGCUCUACCUGCACGAGGACUGGGAGCAAAUCGUAGUCCACAGAGACAUCAAGGCCAGCAACGUGCUGCUCGACGGCGAGAUGAACGGAAGAUUAGGCGACUUUGGCUUGGCGAGGCUGUACGACCACGGAACCGAUCCGCUGACCACUCACGUCAUGGGAACGAUGGGAUACCUCGCGCCGGAGCUCGCUCGAACCCGGAAGGCCUCCACCACGGCCGACGUGUUCGCGUUCGGGGCCUUCCUCUUGGAGGUCGCAUGCGGAAGGAGGCCUGUGGAUUUAGCGGCCGAUUCCGAGCACCCUGUUUUGCUGGACUGGGUGUCGGAGAGUUGGCAAAAGGGACUGGUGCUGACGACGGCAGACCCGAGGUUGGGGGAUGAAUUUCCGGCGGAGGAGGUGGAGCUGGUGCUGAAGCUCGGACUGCUGUGCUCGCACCCGCUGCCCGCCGCGAGGCCGAGCAUGCGCCGAGUUGUGCAGUACCUGGAGGGGGAUCUGACGCCGCCGGAGCUUGAGCCAACUCACCUGAGCUUCACCGGCUUCGUGCCACAUAGCAGGAAGAGUUCUAACGGGCAUGUCUCCUCGUUUCCAUCGUCUUCUCCGGCGGUCACUACAGAUAGUAUCGUGUCUUCCUCUCUAUAGAUUAUUCUACUGCUUCAACAGGAUGGCUUUUUC